AUGAUACGCUCGUCCCAAGAAACUGUCGUAAGCAUGCUGAAGACCUACAUCAAGGAAUGUCAGAGCGGGAAGCGUGAAGGCGCGGCCAUGUCGUGUGUAUCGACGGGAUCGCUUGAUGCGGACGAGAAAGAGGCGUGGAGAGGUCUAAGGAAAGAUUUACAGAGUGUCGGAAUUACACCGGAUCUGUUCCAGAGGCAUCGGCCAGUCAUUCUCAGCACCAUUCAGAGACAUCUGGCGCCAGACGGGGGGAGGACAGCGCUAUCGCUUUACCUCCUAUUGCGGAAUGCUCGAAAUGGCCAGACCCUGCUGCAGGGUUACCCUAUGAAGAGCCCUAUAGCCUUCCUGAUUUGGAACACAAGCAACACGGCGGGAGCUCAGCUCUAG